AUGUCGCAUUCGUGGCCGUUCGUCUCAUAUCAGCCAAUACGCCUGGUCUACCAGCUGUAUUGUAUGAGCGCACUUCUCGCACGCUUCCCGCUAUGGCUCGUCAAGUUUGGACUCUUCCGAUCCUUGAGACCACACAGAGAAUGGACCCUACAACAAGCCGUGAUGGCCCGCAUGAUCCGCUAUAUGGUCGAUGUGCAAAGCAGAAUCGGGAUCACCGAGUCAUUGUCCCUGAAGCCCGGAAAAGAAAAGGAGAAGUUCCAGGUGGUCCAACCCGCGCCAAAGAGCUUCUAUAAAGGCCCACUCGAGUCGACGGUCAUGCCGACAACCAUCGGAGGCACCUGGUACCCGAAGCCAGUCAGCAAGCCGACGAUAAAGCCUGAUGGUUGUGUUGUUCUACAUUUCCAUGGCGGCGCAUUCGUUAUCGGUGAUGGCCGGACCGACACCCUGGGGUUUCUGGCAAACACGCUUGUGCAACAAGGCGGCGUCGAUGCUGUGUUCGCUCCUCAGUAUCGCCUUUCAGGAUAUGGCAGGAGCAAUCCGUUCCCUGCAGCCUUACAAGAUGCGCUGACAAGUUAUCUCUAUCUCGUGCGAACACUCGAUAUCCCAGCUCGCAACAUCACCAUCUCUGGCGACAGCGCAGGCGGAAAUCUGGCCAUUGCACUACUACGUUACCUCGCAGACUUUGGAGACGAACUGGACAUCCCCAACCCACAAAGUUCAGUUCUGUUGUCACCGUGGGUAUCGCCGCUCAACAGCCUCAAGCCCGACAUCACCAUUCUGAGCAACCCAAACUACUCAACCGACUUGCUUCCCCCGAGUUUCACGCGGUGGGGUGCUGCCACUUAUGCAGCAAUCGUGCCACCCUCAGAUCCGUAUAUUACCCCCCUUGGUAAUCCUUUUGCCACUUCGAUCCCAAUUUUCGUGAAUCAAGGCGCCGUGGAGAUUCUGGAGAUCGACGGCACCCAGUGGGUCAAAGAGAUGUCCCGAGUUGAAGGAAAUCGAAUCCAGUCGGAGUAUGAGGCUGCGGCUCUUCACGACACAUUACUGGUUGGGGAACGGAGCGGCUGGGAGGCGAGUGCACAACAGGUUGCCUCCAAAGUGGGUGUUUUCAUCCGUAAUACUCAGAAGGUCUCUGAAGGGGAGUUUGUUAGCAUUCCGGGAAAGCUAUGA